AUGCAGUCUGCUCUACGUGGUCUGACCGGGAAAAUGAUAAAAGUGAUUCCAAUUAGAGCUCUAGAGGACAAUUAUAUGUAUUUGGUGUACAGCGAGAAAGAUUCAAAGGGUUUCGCUGUGGAUCCGGUCGAACCGCAAAAAGUCAAGGAAGUCGCCGAAAACUGCAAGGUCACUGUGGCAGCGGCACUUGUCACUCACCACCACUGGGACCACGCAGGGGGCAUGUCCGAGUUCAGAAAAAUUUGGAAAUCAGAUGAAGCUGAAAUAUAUGGUGGUGACGAACGGAUUGAUCAUCUGAACAAUAGGGUUGAUCAUGAAGAGAAGUUCCAGGUUGGACAGAUGGAGGUGACCGCUUUGAAAACUCCUUGUCACACAAAAGGACACAUCUGCUAUUACGUCACACAUCCAGACAGUGACAACCGCAUCGUUCUGACUGGAGAUACGCUAUUCAUAGCCGGUUGUGGGAAGUUCUUCGAAGGACAUGAGUACACCUACAGUAACCUGAAAUUUGCUCAUCACAUCGAGCCAAGCAAUGAGUACAUUAGUCUUACAGAACGUGAAGAGCAAGCUGGAGUGGCAUCGCGUUGCCGUGAGCGUAAUGAACCAACAGUCCCCUCAACUAUUGCUGAAGAAAAGGAGAUAAAUCCAUUCAUGAGAACUACUUCUGCAGAGAUUCAGAAGAACGUCGGCGCUACCGAUCUAAUCGAAGUAAUGGCCCGUGUGCGACAGGCCAAAAACAGUUUCAGGGGUUGA